AUGAGCGCGAAGUACGACAGGGCUAUAACGGUAUUUUCUCCUGACGGACACUUGUUCCAAGUCGAAUAUGCACAGGAAGCUGUAAAAAAGGGAUCUACCGCGAUUGGUGUGAAAGGGAAGAACUGUCUUACGGCUGACGCCCGCGUUCUCAUUGAUAGGAUACGUAUUGAGUGCAAGAGCUACAAGCUAACUGUCGAAGAUCCAGUUUCCGUCGAAUAUGUGGCGCGUUACAUGGCACAGAUCAAACAGAAAUAUACCCAGAGUAACGGCCGCAGACCGUUUGGUGUCUCUACUCUUAUUGUUGGAAUUAACCAAGAUGGCACUCCUCACUUGUACCAGACUGAUCCGUCUGGGACACAUUUCGAGUGGCUGGCGAACGCGAUAGGCAAGAAUUCCAAGGCGGCACGCGAAUUUCUGGAGAAAAAUUAUUCACCAGCGGCCGUUGAAACCGAAGAAGACACCAUCAAAAUGGCCAUCAAAGCGCUUGUCGAAGUUGUACAGACUGGCGCAAAACAUAUGGAAUUAGCAGUUAUGCGAGCCAAAAAACCGGAAAAGCCUGGUGAUUCAUUUGUAGAAUGGAAGAUGCUCAAUUACGAAGAGAUUGAUAAGUACGUCCAGGCCAUUGAAAAGGAACGGGAGGAAGAGGCCGAAAAGAAGAAGCAGAAAAAAGAGGCAGCUGGCGGAUCUUAUUAA